UAACAUUAAUGGGGAUGUGUGACAUUUAGCCAAUGAAGAGUAGUGCUGCUGGCGCACCCCUCUCUUCAUCGGGCCUUUGGUGGCCCUCAGAAGACCACAAACACUGUCUCCUCAGGCCUCAACAUCAAGAUGCGAAAUGUUGGUCAUGGGCGGGCAUCACCCGGCUCCCGCCGGAUCCGUUCCGGUCCAAGAGCACAGUUGGCUUGCAUCAACUGCAAAGAACGGAAACAGAAAUGUGAUAACCAGAUCCCAUCAUGUGCGAACUGCCAACGUUUUGGCCUUGGUAAAUGAUAAAAAAAAAACAUCAGUUUUAUGUCGUCCUGCUCAUAGUAUCACAGCUUGCCUUGUCGAAGACCCAGUCACAAGACGCCACCAAUCGCGGAAUUAUGUAGAAACCUUAGAGAGCAGGGUUGCAUUUCUCGAGAAUCUACUGCAAAGAACAGGCCUGGAAAACAUUGCUCCGCCAGCAGAGGCCCCGACAACAGAGAAUACACCUAGCGAUGUUCUCCCGACAGCUUCUUGGACAAAGGACGGCGAUAACGAUGGCGACGACGACGACGACAGCGCCAGCGAAUUGUCAAGCAAGGUUGGUAUACUGGGUCUGACAGUUGAUGGAGAAGAACCGCACUAUCUAGGUUCAUCCUCUGCCUUUUCCUUCUCACGUGUGAUUCACUCUUCACUACGCCGACCUUUUCCGAGAAGCUUUGAGUCCCUGAUUGUCCAUCAAGAUGAGAAAGCGGCACCAUCUCCAUGUUUACUGCCUGAGUAUGAGCUGGGUAUCUCUCUGAGUAAUGCCUACUUCGAGAAUGUUCAUCCUCAGUACCCUUUUCUACACGAACCCACAUUCAGGCGCUGGGAAAACGCGCUUUUCAGACCAUCCGACAGCAUUGAAGACCUGAAUUUUGAUCCAGUUUCACUGUUCUUUGUCAAUAUGAUAUAUUCGGUUGGGGCCUUGCUGCUGUCUAACUCUGGAUCGCUACCGGAGCAACUGUACGUGUCAGCACAGUUAUACAUUGAUGAUAUUUUAUCACGCAACAACCUGGAAGCCAUACAAGCCAUUCUAUGCUAUACUAUGUAUUCCCUUAGAAGUUCCAGGGGUCCGUCUAUCUGGAAGCUGUCUGGCCUAGCACUUCGUCAAUGCAUAGAACUUGGAUAUCACCGAAGUGUCAAUCGCUUCGGACCAACCACAGAUCCUCUACGACUUGAAAUGCGAAAGAGGGCCUUUUGGUGUGCUUUUGGAAUCGACUGCGUAGCAGCACUGACUCUAGGUCGCCCUUUGGGUAUUCAUGUACAAGAAGUUGAUGCUGAGUUUCCAUUGGACAUUGAUGACUCGAAUAUUACCGAGGCCGAGAUUAUAGGAGAACCGCGGAGCCCCGGUAGUGAUUAUUCCACAACAAUGUCAACUGCACUUCACGUCUUUCGACUUCGUCAUAUUUGGGCACGUCUGCACGCGUCUCUAUUCUCAGACGUCAAGAGCAACAUGGACGAUAUGGCCCGUGACAGACAGAUAUCUAUAUUUCGGGCCGAGAUUGACGCUUGGCUUGCUUCCACUCCCCCAAUACCGACACGGACUGGCCCUGCCUUGUCAAUCUUUGCGACUCAGAAUUGGCAUGAUCUCGAAUACGACGAGACUAUCCUCAUGCUCUACCGAGGCCAACUGACUAGCCGUCGAGGUGAUGUAAAUAACGAGGUAUUCAUGCAAUGUACUCAUGCCGCUGAGAGGAUUUGUAUUGGGUACCGACGGCUGUACAUCGGAAAACCGGUCAACUGCACCUGGGGCACCCUUCACGUCAUCCUUUUUGCUGGGUUAACAUACCUGCAUUGUCUCUGGACAUCGGCCGCAGUGUGCCACGAGACCUCAUUAGACGACAUGAGCAGCGCACUCACGAGUUGUACGAUGGUUCUGACAGUGGUAGCCGAGCGAUUCAAGAAUGCCGCUCCCUAUCGAGACAUCUGCGAGGCUCUCUGCAACCGCACCAGGAGGAUGAUGUCAGAUAGAGGUGAUGAGACGUCGACUCUUCAGCGCCAGGCAACGGAGCCGAAUGAUACUGAUUCGGUAAAUUUUACUCAGUGGAUGGCUGAAAUCUCGGGCGAGGGAAUGUCAGAUGCAGUUAGUAAUCUCUUGACUGGUCUAGUCUCCGAAUUUGUAGGUCAAGAUGAAGUGGCAGGGGAACCGAGGUAGCCUACCUUCAAGAAUUGUCUACUAUGAGCGGAAGAGAAUGUGUAUCCAUACUGGCUACACAUAAGUAUCCUCAGUAGACGCAAAAUGAGAAGAAAAUAUCGGGGAAAAAAAGACAGUCAAUGCUACUCAUAUCUACCUAGAGACCAGUAUUCCUGUACCGUCCCUGCAAUCUACUUCCAACACUAUCCAGAGC